AUGUCGCUGAGCUCCUGGACGCCCGAGCUGGGCUUUGGCGAGAAGAUGGUCCGGCAGGCCGCCGCCGCCACCGGCCCUUCGCUAGAGCUCUGCGUCCUGCCCUCCACCCUGGGCUGCUCGGUGGCGGCCGCCGCGUUGGAGCAGCUCUUUGUUGUGGAACGAUCACUGCAGAGUGACUAUUUUAAAUGCAAUGAAGAAGUUAGGAUCUUUCUUAAGGACGUUGCUGUAGCUGUUAAAAAAUUGGAGGAAAUGAGAAAAUCCACAAUUCAUCUUCUGGAAAUUGAAAGCAUGGACUUCAGUAGACUAUACCAUCUACUGGAAACGCUUCCCUACAAAAUGAACAUGGAAUUUGAAGAAUGUGUCAGAGAUGCUCAAAAAUUAAAUCUUCUUGAGAUAAAUCAAAUACGAAGGAAAAUUAUGAGGAUCAAUAAUGACAUUGAGUUUCUGAAGAAGAAAAUCAUUGAUCUGGAAGAAAAUAAUGAAACUCUAGGUGUGAAACAGGAGGAGCUGGCCCAGCAGUACAGGAGGUUUGUCCUGGCACUCAACCAGGUGAUGGAGGAAAGGGCCACUGCCACGGUUUACAUAAAUGAGACUCUUGCUCAAAUAAACUCCGAGAAAGAAGACAUGGAAUUGCAAAAACUGCGUAUUCAAGAGACAGAAAAGGCAAUAGAAAAAGAAGAAGCCGAGUAUCUGUCAAGGAAACAGCAGUUGACUGACAGGGCUGAAGAAGUUAAAAGAAACUAUGAACUUAAAAGAACGGAGACUUUACAGAAAAAGCAAGAAUUGAAUAGAAUAGUAGCUAAAAUGACAAAAAUUAAAGAAACAGUUAUUACCAGCAACGUGGUUCUUAGUGAUCACAAUCUAGAGAUAACCCGACUACAUGAAUCAGUAAGGACUUGGGAAUUACAAGUUGAUGAAGUAAAGAAAGCCUGUAAUACCCUGGAGGAAAAAAUUGAAUUUUUUACAAAUAACAAAGAAAAACUGAUUCAACUAUCUACUGUUGAAAAAUAUGAACUCCUGCAAAAGAUAAAAAAGAUGGGUGAAAGACUACGUGGAUUUCGACUAGACAAUAAAGAGCUACGACAGAGGAUACAGCUUAUUAUGAAGCAACACAGGAUUAUCUUAACUGAGGAGGAGAAAGUUUAUUUGCAAAAACGGAAGAUCUAUGAAGAAAAUCAGAAACAACAGACAUUUAUUGUUGAAAAAGAAAAAUUACUAUCAAAAAGGAAACUAGAUAUCAAAACUAUGGAAGAAGGACUUAUCACACUGAAUGAACUUUAUCGAGCAACACAACAAGUAUAUCGGAAACAAAUAAAAAUGCUGGUGGAAAACCUGCAAAGAGAAACUCAGAGAUGUAUGGUGAAUCAGUGGAAACUAGCUUGUUUGAAAAAAAAGCAUGACCGUUGGACAAGCAAUAUAAAGGCUGAAAUAGAUGCUAUUAUAGAAAAUAUUAGGAAUGCAGAAAUUAAACGAAUGUCAUUAAUGAAUGAGAGUACUGUGAGAACAAAGGAGAUUGAAGAAUUCAUGGCACAAAUUGAAAAACUUAGCACAGAAUUAAAAGAAAAGGAGGAGGAAUUUGUUGUCAAAGAAAAAAAAUUAAUACAAGAGAUAAGCAAGUAUGAGAAAAUAUAUGUUAAGGAAGCACAAAUUUACAAAGAAAAGGAAGAUGAACUAGAAGAGUAUCUUCCACAACUUCAGGAGGCGGAAGAAACAUACAGAGAAAAAAAGAGAAGGUUGAAAGAGCUCAGUGGUAUUGUUGCAGCACAAAAGCUGGAGGAAAAUUUAUUACAAAAUUCCAUUUCUCAGACUAUGAGAGAAUUUUCCAGAUACAUGAACGAAAAGGAGAAAGUGAAGCAAGAAUUAAUGCAAUUACGUGAUCAAGAAAGGAAAAGAAAUGAAAAUCAUUUUGAAAUUCUAAAGAACCUAGAGAAUGAAAUCUACGUAAAAGACCAAAAAUUAGAACUUUUGUUCCUGGAAAAUAAAAGAUUAAAAGAACAUAUUAUAUACAUGGAGAACAACAUAGAGAAAUGCACAAAAAGACGAGAAGACAUCAGGCACUCUUCAAGCGACCUGUCAUGGGACCUGAUAGCUGGGCACACACAGUAUGUAGAUCUGUGGGCUGAAUUUCAGGCCACAGUUAAGGAACUGGUGGGUGAAGGUGAAAAGACCUUGGAAGACAUAAAAUAUCUAAUGAAGAAGCUGUGUGAAAGAGAUGAAAAAAUUGAGAGUAUCAGUACCUGGCUAGAAGGGAAUCUUGAAGAGUUGCAUUUUCUCAUGAGACAGGAAUCACCAACGGACCAUCUCGCAGAGAAGAAACAAAUUCGUACCCGAAGAGGAAUCUGUUUCUCAGUAGCUGUGUGUACUGGGAAAAAGAGAGUAACAAAGAAUAAGUUUACAAAAUAGCUCAAGAAUACAGCUGCUGUGAAUUCGAAAGGCAUAAA